AUGUCUAUGGACAUUCGUUCAUUUUUUGGUCGUGGGGGAUCGACUGUAAAAUCCAACAAAGCACCGGAAUCAGCGAAGACACCUAAUAACAAACGAAAAGCUGUAAUAGUCAGUGAUGACGAAGAGCAAGUAAAUGGCAAACCUAACACAUCCAAAGAUAUUGGAAGUGAAGUUAAACAUUCAGCAGUACUUAAAAAACGGCGCGUGCUCGAUUCCGAUGACGAUGAGCAAAGCCCCGCGAAAAAGAAGAUUGAUAGUUCGAGACCCAAGUUAGAGAAAUUGAAACCUGUUAACGCUGCAGACAUGUUUAGUUCCGCACCGGUAAAACGUGUGGAGAUGCCUAAAAUUCCCAAAAAGAAAACAUUGGAAUCCGUCGAACCGAUGAAACUUGAAAUUUCUGAUGAAGAUGUUAUUCCGGUGACGCCGUUGAAUGAGAAAAAAACAGGUAAAAAAGAUCGGAAUGCAAACGACAAGUGUGAAAAAUUAACACCCGAGCAGAAAAAAUCAUCGUCUCCUGGAAAACUGGCGGUUAAACUGGAAAAAAAUGAUAACAUUGUAGAAAAAGAUGGCAAGCUAAAAAUCAGUCCGGUUAAACAAAAAUCCAUCGAAAACUCUCCUAAAAAGGAAACGGUUUUAAAACCCAGCAAAAAGGAUGAAAAUGAAGCUGAAAGCUCUAAAAAUCUUAACGAGUCAGUGCUCACUGACGAAGAAAGGUAUGAACGCAAACGUAUGUCGGCUAUAUUAUAUCAAAAGUUUAAAAACCGCCAAGGCCCCGCAAAUCCAGGAUCUAAGGAAAUUCCGGAAGGAAAACCUAACUGUCUGCAGGGAAUGCAAUUUGUCAUAACGGGGGUAUUAGAGUCCAUGGAGCGAGAUGAAUGCGCACAGGUGAUAAAGGAUCUAGGUGGGAAAGUUGUUGGAGCUAUUUCCAAGAAAGUAACUCACAUGGUUGUUGGAGAAGAUGCUGGCCCUAAAAAGAUUGCUCAAGCGGAAGAUAUGCGCAUUGAAACUCUCAGUGAGGAUGGGUUGUUAGAUUUGAUUAGGGAAAAGUCUGGCCAAAAGAAGCAGAAGGGUGGUGAGACGAAAAAAUAUGAAAAAGACAUCAGCCCUACCAAACGAAAGGAAUCGCCUGGAGAAGAGAAUGAAAGGAAGAAGGUUAAAAAGGAAGCGUCUCCCAAAGCCGUUAAGCAAGAUAUUUCGGUUGAAAUUAUCACAAAUAAGACCAACAAAUCUCCGGUAGAACAACCAAAGUAUGAAAAAAUGACUCCUAGUAAAGUGUGCCCUAAAAUCUCACCUAUAGUCUCAAUCAAACACGAGCUAUCGGACUAUGAAAAGGAUAUUAAGAGCGUUGAUAACAUGGCCUGGGUGGAUAAGUAUAAACCCACCAGCACCAAGCAAAUUGUCGGCCAAGCCGGAACCAGCAGCAAUGUCCAAAGAUUGACUGUUUGGUUGUCCAGCUGGUAUAAAAAUAAUGACGGCACUAAAAAGCAUGCCAAACCAAAUCCCUGGGCCAAAAACGACUCAGGAGCGGCGUUCAAAGCGGCUCUAUUGUCUGGGCCUCCGGGUGUCGGAAAAACGACCACAGCUACGCUGGUAUGCAAGGAACUGGGGUUCGAUACAGUAGAAUUCAAUGCUUCUGAUACUCGCAGCAAAAGGUUAUUGAAGGAGGAGGUAGCAGAACUGUUGAAUACUAAAUCACUUGCGGGUUACUUCGGUGGGAGAAGUGAUAAGGUUUCGAAUAAGCACGUUCUGCUAAUGGACGAGGUUGAUGGGAUGGCAGGAAAUGAAGAUCGUGGAGGUAUGCAGGAAUUGAUCGCUUUGAUAAAGGACAGCCAUAUACCGGUCAUCUGUAUGUGCAACGAUCGUAAUCAUCCGAAGAUACGAUCUCUGGUAAAUUAUUGUUUUGAUUUGCGUUUCAACAAGCCACGAGUAGAGCAAAUUAAAGGCGCCAUGAUGUCCGUAUGUUUCAAAGAGAAUUUAAAGCUGGCUCCAGGCGUGCUGGAAGAAAUCAUUGCUGGAACUGGUUGCGAUGUGCGGCAAACGUUAAAUCAUUUGGCCCUGUAUAGUGCGGGUAAAUCCACGAACGGUGGAAUAUCCGUAGACUCGGCUAAGAAGCAGGCAGAUUCUGCUAAAAAGGACGUUAAAUUCGGCCCGUGGGACGUUAUUCGGAAGGUGUUUUCAGCUGAUGAACAUAAAGGCAUGACGUUGAAUGAUAAGGCGGAUUUGUUUUUCCAUGAUUACAACAUAGCUCCGCUCUUUGUGCAGGAGAACUAUCUGAAGGUGCAACCGAAAGCACCCCGUAAGGAAUUGCUCGACAGGAUUGCUAUGACGGCAGACAGUCUGAGUCGUGGGGAUAUGGUGGAACGCAAAAUUCGUUCUAACAUGGCGUGGUCUUUGCUUCCAAUACAGGCCAUGUAUAGUUCGGUUAUGCCGGGCGAGUUCAUGGAGGGCCAUAUAGCAGGGCAAAUUAAUUUCCCUGGCUGGCUAGGAAAAAACUCAAAAUCAAACAAACGGAAGCGGUUGGCGCAGGAGAUACACGAUCACACGCGUGUUUCAACAUCCGGAUCAAGGCUUUCCAUUCGGUUGGAUUACGCACCACACUUACUGCGUUCUAUCGUACAACCGCUACAAAAACGCGGUGCGGAAGGAGUGCAAGACUCAUUGGAGGUGAUCAAAGAAUACCGUUUACUUCGGGAGGACAUUGAUUCUUUGGUGGAGUUGAGUACUUGGCCAAAGCGCAAAAGCAUCUUGGAUGCUGUUGAUGGCAAGGUUAAGGCCGCUCUGACGCGUGCAUAUAAUAAAGUUGUGGCACCUUACUCAUACUCGGCAAUGACGACCGUUAAAAAGAAGGCAAACGAUGGUGCACAGGAUGAUAUAGACGGGUUUUAUGAAAAUGAAGGCGAGCAAGGAACUGAGGUGUCUCAUGCAGUUUCCGAUGAUGAGGAAAAAGAAGACAAAAUUGAUGAUAAUGCUUUUAUCAAGAUAAAGAAAAAGUCGACUACAGGAGGAACAACUAAAGCUAGCACUUCAAGAGUUGGUGCAGGAGAUAAAGGAAGAAAAAAGUAAAAUUUUUGGAAAAGCAUGUUCAAUUAAGGUUCCAUAUUUAUCGUGAAAAUAAAAAAAACAAUUUAAGAUUUAUUUGUUGUAUUCUAUGAGCAUACAGACAUCCAGUAGUACAUCACA